CCACCGAGUUUGCGUCACGCGCAACACGAGCUGCAGACGUUUACGACAAGCAGCAGUGGCGGUGGCGGUGGCGGCGGCGAUGGUGGCGCCAACAGCAGCGGCUACGACAACGGCCACAGCUCAGCGUACGCGUUGCGAAGGCAUAGCGGCACACGUGGCUCGAUUGUGGGCGGUGGGGUGCGCGACGGCGGCACGGCGAAGGCUAGGAUACGUGAAACGCGGCUGUCGCCAGCAACGCUCAACAGGCGUGAGCUGAAGAUGGCCAUGCGCAAUGGCGCUGCAGCUGGUGUUGGUGUAGCUGGAGUGGGUGGCUUAGGUGGACCACCACCAGCGCCUUCGACGGGCAUGGGAACGGCGAACUUGUUGCGA